CUUGUAGAUAGAUUCUAAUAGUGAAAAAAAUACGCAUUAUGUUUGAAAAAGUUCGGUGCCACAGUUGUUGGCAUGCAACACAUCCACAAUGUAGUUUUAUGUGUUUUCCCCGCAUCAUCAGUGUAAGAGUCUUCUUUGGUUGUAUUUCCUAUGGGUCCCAUUUGUGUAAGUGUGUUUUGUGUAGCAACAUUAUCUUUGAUCUGCAGGCGGAAAUGAGCAUUUAGUAAAUAGAGAUCAUAGUUCUGGAUUGUGGUAGUUGUACUGUAACGCAUUGCUCCACUUCCAACCUCUUCUUCUGGAUAUCCCAAAACCUGCAUGAAUCCAGCAGUUCAGAUCUUCACUCCACAAAUAGUCUGAGAGAUAUAGAUUUUCACAGUUCAUAUCACUGACAUAUAUGGUGAGAGCAGUCAAUAUACUUUGCAUUGAGUUUAAACACAUAGCAGAGAAUGUCUAUGGUAGAAGCAGAAUAUGCAGAACUGGAAUAGAACCAAAAUGCAGUCUGUUUUCAUGGUAGGGAAAAAAUUAAAAUUCAUUUUUUAUAUAAUAGACAAUUUUUUUAAAUGUUGUUAUUGUCAUACUGAUUUUGUUUCGAUUAGUGGAAUUGGUGUGUUUCCCAUUUAAAUCACAAGUUUGUAUACUAGGUGAUUCUAGGCAAUACCAAGUAGUUGCCUGUUAAUAUGUAAGAAAUUGAUUCAAAUGGUGAUAUUAGCAAAAAAGUAAAGAAUCUAUGUUUGCUGGUACAUGUAUCUGGCAUCAUCUUUUGUUUUUGUCUUCUUUCUGUCCAGUAAAUCUGAGGUCUUCAUUAUUUAUAAACAACCAUAGGUACAGUCAUGAUUAAGCAGCAGCAGUGAUUAUGUAUUGAACUAGAUCAGAUAAAACUAAAUUAAUGCAUUCUCUUUUCCAGGUUGUUACUGUAUUAAAUCUCGAUGACAAAAUUUCAUGUUGUUUGGUACAAGUCUGACUGCAGCAAUUACUCAAGCUACUUUAUCAAUGUAAUGCUUCAUGUUUGCAAGCUAGAAAAAAAAUCUUGAAAUUGGCAUUUACAUUUAUCACGGUUGUUUUGUGUCUGUUAUACCAGAUUCUGGAGCAUUAAAUUAAAUUAUUCAUCUUUUUUUCCCCUUUCUAGGCCUAAUCACGGAACAGUAAUUGAGUAUUGAUAUUUUAACGUGCACUUUGGAUAAGAUUAAUCAAUUACAUACAAACCAUAAUUGAAAGCUGCUCUGCAAAUUUUUUGCCCUGGCUAAUGUCAAGUUAUAUUACAUUACACUCUUGCCAGUUCUUCCACAAGGGCCAGCAGCAGCAGAGCUCGUAUGGGGAAACAGCCAAGAAGCUGAAGUCUCAGAUAUGGAACAGUGUGGUCACCAUUGUGCUAAUAGAGGGGAAACAGUUGCUCCCUAUGGAUGACAAUGGCCUCAGUGACCCCUAUGUCAAGUUCAGACUGGGCAAUGAAAAGUGUAGAAGCAAGGUAAAGUCAAAGACACUGGAACCAAGGUGGUUGGAAGAAUUCCAACUGCAUAUGUUUGAUGACUACAGCAAACAACUGGAAAUAACAGUGUGGGACAAAGAUGUCACUGGAGAUGACUUUAUGGGCAGAGCUGUGAUUGAUUUGAAUACCUUGGAAAGCGAGAGAACCCACAAAGUGGUACAACCUCUGGAGGAUGGUGCGGGCGUGAUCACUCUCCUGAUCACUGUGACUGGCAGUGCAGGCAGGGAGACCAUCUCAGAUCUUAGCAACUACACACCCAUUCCAUACGAGAGAGAUGCAAUUGUACAGAAAUAUGGAUUGAUUAAGUCCUUCAGAAAUAUGCCAGAUAUAGGUUGGCUUCAAGUGAAAGUAAUCAAAGCAGAGGGUUUGGCAUCAGCUGACUUUGGUGGCAAGAGUGAUCCAUAUUGUGUCUUAGAGCUAGUCAAUGAUUACCUGCAGACACAGACAGAAUACAAAACUCUGAAUCCAGAAUGGAAUAAAGUAUUUACAUUCAAUGUGAAAGACAUUCACUCUGUGCUGGAAGUGACAGUGUAUGAUGAAGACAGGGACAUGAAGAAGGAAUUUCUUGGAAAAGUUGCCAUUCCUCUGUUGAAAAUAUGCAAAGGCGAAAGAAAAAUUUUUGCCUUAAAAGACAGAAAGUUACAAAAAAGAACCAAAGGGACCAUCCAUCUGGAGCUUGAUAUUGUUUACAAUCAUUUUAAGGCUGCAAUCCGUACUGUUAACCCAAGAGAAGAAAAAUAUAUGCAACCAGAACCAAAGAUGAAAAUUUCUCUGCUGAAGCGGAAUGUAGCUCGCAUGGCAUCAAUAGUAACAGCAGUGCGUGACACAGCCCAGUUUGUCCAGAGUUGCUUCACUUGGGAGUCCAAAAUGAGAAGUGCACUUGCUUUCCUGAGCUUCCUGGUGAUUGUGUGGAAUUUUGAGCUUUACAUGCUUCCACUAACUUUGCUACUGAUUCUGUUGUGGAACUACUUCAUGCAUCAGGUGGCAAUAAGCUUGAGUAAGGACACCGAGUACACACAGACUACUACUGCUGUUGUAGAAGAGGAGGAUGAAGAUGAAGAAAAAGAUAAA